CCCCCAACUGCGACUCCUUUACAGACUCUCGCUCUUCCUAAGAUUCAGCGUAACCUCUCUCCCACCCAUGUCCUCCUCCAACUCCGCCGAUCGAUCUGGAAUCUGGUCAUAUGUUCCAUUCGGCUCCUCUCCUCGUCGUCGCUCCGUAUCCAGCGGCCUCCCAUUGAGACAUUCCGCCAACGGCAGCGCAGACAAUACACCCUGGGAUCCCUUUGAGAAAUCAGACCGACAGACAAGAGGGAACGGCACAGGCCGUACGUUCAGCCUGGAGACUCUACAAAACGCGUGGAUGACUCAAAGUCGACAAGCACGCUUCUACAAAACGGGGGGUGUUUUGACAUUAAUAGUCCUGUUGUACUGGUUUCUGUCUGGCGGUAGCAGUUAUGGCUCGAGUACGAACAACAUCUACACUCCUGGCAAUUCGCCGACCACGAAGUGCACGAAGCCUCAUGAUCUUUCCAAACCGCUUGUUCAGUAUGCCAUCAUGAUCGAUGCAGGAAGCACAGGCAGCAGAAUUCACGUGUACAAAUUCAACAAUUGCGGGCCUACGCCGGAACUCGAAAAUGAGGAGUUCAAGAUGACGGAGAAGCGACCAGAAGGGUCGGGAUUGAGCUCUUAUAAGACGGACGCUGAGGGAGCAGCAAAGAGCUUGGAUCCGUUGAUGCAGGUGGCCAUGACUUCGGUGCCGGAUGAGUACAAGUCAUGCACCCCUGUUGCAGUGAAAGCGACCGCAGGUCUGCGAUUGCUCGGGGAUGAGAUGAGCAAGAAGAUCCUGGAGGCCGUCCGCACCCGUCUGGAGACACAAUAUCCUUUCCCAGUAGUCUCGAAAGAUAACGGUGGUGUUGAAAUCAUGAAAGGAGAGGACGAGGGCGUCUACGCAUGGAUUACCACAAACUAUCUACUAGGCAAGAUCGGAGGACCGGAUGAAACCCCUACGGCAGCCGUCUUCGACCUUGGUGGCGGAUCAACACAGAUUGUGUUCCAGCCGACUUUUAAGAACAGUCCGCAUGGAGGUAUGCCACCUAAAAUGGCCGAUGGCGACCACAAAUACAGCCUCAAGUUCGGCGGUCGUGAAUUUGAACUGUAUCAACAUUCUCAUCUCGGCUACGGCCUCAUGUCUGCACGAAAAGCUCUGCACGCUUCAGUCCUCGAUCACAUGCACAAACAGAACCCGAAUUCCCGAGAAUGGCUGUCAAAGCCCAUUCCUAACCCCUGCAUUACACCCGGCACCAAGAAAAAGGUCGACGUCACGAUGCCGGCGGACCAUGAACUAGCAGGCGAGCACAGCGUCAUCAUGGAGGGACCCGUCGACGCGCUGCCGGCUCAAUGUCGCGCGUUGGCCGAAGGCCUCUUGUACAAGGACAAGGAAUGCAGCAUUGCGCCAUGCUCGUUUAACGGCGUGCAUCAGCCUUCUCUGGAGAAGACCUUUUCCCGCGAAGACGUGUACAUCUUCUCCUAUUUCUACGAUCGAACGCACGAUCUCGGAAUGCCCGAGUCCUUCACGCUCAAAGAACUGCACGAUCUGACCGAGAAAGUCUGCGGCGGGGAGGAACACUGGGAUGCUUUUGCGGGCAUCGAAGGUGCUCUGGCCGACCUGCGCGACCGACCGGAAUGGUGCCUUGACUUGAACUUUAUGAACGCCCUUUUACACACGGGUUAUGAGAUGCCGAUCGAUCGAGAAGUCAAGAUCGCGAAGAAGAUCAAGGGUAAUGAACUGGGCUGGUGUCUUGGUGCGAGUUUGCCGUUAUUGGAACCCGGCAGUGGUUGGGAGUGUCGGAUUAAUGAGAUUGUUGCAUGAGUACCCGUUCCAAUGACGGUUUCCUUUCUUGUACAUUGUUCGAGCGAGCCGCAAAGCUCUGGGGGGCUUUUUUCAAUGUAGUGGCUGGCAUCGGGAAGGCUACUGCCAGCAUAGGAGUCACGCGACCUACGGAUAGACAUGAUUCUGCGGGCGAAACGAAAAGAGGGCUCACGCUAGAGUACUCCGUAGAGUAAAGGAGUAAUUGAUACAUACCUAUACAU